AUGGCAGAAGCACUAGCAGCAGAUAUUAAAGAAAAAAUCUUGACAUGUUGCAUCUGUUUGGGAGAGUAUGAGGACCCCCGUGUGCUGUCUUGCUACCAUACAUUUUGCUUUGGUUGUAUAUCUGACCAUGCUUCGAAAACUGUAUCUGUGGACAAGACAUUUCAGUGCCCCCUUUGUAGAGAAGAGAUAAAAUUACCAAGAGAAGGACUCGUGAAACUGAAAAAAGAUUUCCGUGUUCACACAACGAAGGAGCUUCUGAGUCAGAGACAGCAGCAUGAAGUCUCAUCUCCAAACAAAGAAACCGAUGUGCAUGAUGUGACACAGGCCAUUGCACAGAUGAGAAUCAGUUGUGAGAAACAUCCUAAUAAGGAAUUAAAAUAUUACUGUGAAGAUGAUGACACUGUUAUAUGUGGCAAGUGUAUAGUAACAGAACAUAGUGGACAUCGUAUUUCAUCAGUUGAACAAGUUGCUAAAAUUAGCAGAGACAAAAUCAAAGCUGCCCUUAUGAAAACCACGAAAACAACAAACAUGUUUAAAGAGGCAGUUGCCUUGGAAGCAGCCACUGGACCAAGGGACUCUCAAACCAGGGCAGCCACUAUCAAAUGCAUCCAAAAGCAAGCUCAGAUAAUGUGCAGAUUAAUUCAUCAGAGGGAAGAGACGUUGAUAUCCGACGUGAAUUCUGCUUACGACAACAAGCAAAAGCAGAGGGAGGAAAUCCUUGAAUUCCACCAUGCCUCCUUGCAAAGCGCCUGUGACUUUGCCCAGCAACUUAUCACUAAUGGCACUGACUCUGAUAUCAUGGUUCAUGCAAAAUCUCUGAUAAAAAGACUUGAAGCGAUGUGGAAAACACCUCUUCCAGGUACAGCAGCACAGAUAUCCUACAGUCCUGGUGAGAUAUCUGCUGCCGGACUGGAAGCCAUGUUAGGGCAGGUGACAAUACAGACACGGCAACAAUUAGCUCGACAGAGAACAUAUCCAAGAUCAGCGCCACAAUCUCCUGGACUUGAAUCUAUGUUAGGACAGGUGACGACUGGCCUUCUGUAUAUAACAUCAUGGGGUGACCGCUGUGUCCAAGUGUACACUACCAGAGGUCAGCAGGUGACAACCAUGGGUCAGGAUCAGCGUAAUCUGACUACAUUGAACAGACGGAAGAGUCGUCCACUCGGUAUCACACUGAACAGACAAGGUCAUGUGAUGGUUUGUGAUGGCAGAUCCAUCCUCAUAUUCCAUGCAGACAGUGAACAGUUCCUGGACACUAUUCCACUCAAAAAAUGUAAAGCCCCAAUGCAAACAACAGCGCGUAGAAACCCAGAGUACAUCAGUGACAAUUGCAAAAUGUACAUCAUAGUGAACAGUGUGAAUGAUAACAUUGUGAUAUCAAACAAAGACCACCACUGUAUAUAUAUGUUGUCAUCUUUUCAUCAGCUGAAUGAUAAAUAUGACUGUAGUGCUAAUCAGCUGUACGAGUAUGGCGGCACACGAGGCAGUGGUGAUGGUGAGUUGGAUGGACCUUGUGGAGUGUGCACAGACAUCUAUGGUCACAUCUUCAUUGCUGACUGUAAUAACCACAGAAUAGUGGCACUGGAUGCACAAGAAGAGUGUAUCAGAUACAUUGCCACUCAGGAUGAUGGGUUGGAGUGUCCGACAGCAUUAGCCAUCAACCCUGCUGGCCAGCUGGUGGUGGCAGAGGAACAUGGCAAAGUUAAGACAUUCCAGUACUUACAGUAA